CUUUCUUUGUCAAGUAAUUUUGGAGUACAAUAGAUUAUCCUCAUUGAAAAUCAACUGAUGUAGGUGUUUUUGCAUUUAAAAAUGCAUUUUUUUUUCUGCAUGUAGGUUAUACAUUUUUGUAAAAAUACCUUCAUAUAAUACAUUCCAUAGUGUUGGCAAUUUAAUAUUCAUGUGGGAGAGUAGCAGAAGGUACUCUGUACCAAUUGUAACUUGUGAAAUUAUAAACUCAUUACCCAUAAUUAUAGUCCAUGGUAUGGAAAGUCUUCCUUGUAUUUAUUUGAUCAUCUGUGUGUAUGAGGAAAGCUUAAAAAUAUUGUAUGUCACAAAAACAAUAGUAUUUAUAGAAAUGCUUACUAAAGAGAAAAACCAUAAAGUACUCAAGUUAGCUUAUGUUUUUAAACUUUAUAUUUAGAAAUCAUAGUAUUUCUAAACAUUUUACAGAUCUUAAUCUGUAAAAAUAACUGAAGGAAAUGGAAAAAUUAAGCAUGUGGUGCUUUGAAUUGGGUUUGUUGGCUAAUUUUUAAAAUAUUUUUUUACAUUGUGGUCAAUUGAGAAUUUUACAUUUCUACCUGUUUCAUCCUCAUUUAUGGAUAUCCACAUUUUAUUUCAGGUCUGAUUCAGCAUUAAGUUUAUUGAUCAGAUUAAUUUUGAAUUUCAUGGUUCUUAGCAAAGUUAUCUGGACAAUUCGUAAGUUCAGAGCUUCUUUAAUUUUAUUUUUUUUAUAUACUUAUUUUUGUGAGGAGUAAUUGUAUAGAAGUUUCUCUCUUCCCCUUUCCCCUGACCAGGCACCCUAAAACUCCCUGUAUCCUAAACAUUUCUGUAUAUAGGUAAGAGUUCUCUGCUACCAAUGAUGUUUAAAUAAACUUCAGUGAAAUGACUCUUCAAGAAUUGGUGCAUCAGGCUGCCUCCACAUAUUCGGAUAAAAUAGCUGUAUGUUUUGACGAAUGUAACAACCAGCCUCCAGUUUAUUAUACCUACAAGACUGUGGUUAAUGCUGCUUUAGAAUUAUCAAAUUUCCUACUAUUACACUGUGACUUUCAAGGAAUACGGGAAAUUGGUCUCUGCUGCCAUCCUGGGAUAAACUUACCCUCUUGGAUUUUAGGGAUUCUCCAAGUCCCUGCUGCUUAUGCUCCUAUUGAUCCAGAUUCACCACCAGCAUUAUCAACUUAUUUUAUGAAAAAAUGUGCUCUAAAGUAUAUCCUUGUUGAAAAACAACAAAUUAAUAAAUUCAAAUCUUCCUAUGAAACAUUAUUGAACUUUGAUACAUUUACAGUAGAACAUAACAACCUAGUACUCUUCAGACUUAACUGGAAAAAUGUUGAGGGAAGCUUGAUACUAAAGGAUAGAAAAAAGAAAUAUGAAAAAGAAAAAAUGACAAACAGCAGAUCUGAGAACAGCAAUGAAGAAAAGUCAGAGCACAUGGAUGUGAGACUAAAGCAUUGCUUGGCAUAUGUUCUCCAUACAUCAGGCACUACAGGGACACCUAAGAUUGUCAGAGUCCCUCAUGCAUGUAUAGUGCCAAACAUCCAGCAUUUUCGGGUGCUUUUUGAGAUCACACAAGAAGAUGUUUUGUUUCUGGCUUCACCUCUGACCUUUGAUCCUUCUGUUGUGGAAAUAUUUGUUACUCUAUCAAGUGGUGCUUCUCUGCUUAUUGUACCAGCUUCUGUCAAAGUACUGCCAUCAAAAUUAGCGGCUGUUCUCUUUUCCCAUCACAGAGUGACAAUUUUGCAGGCAACACCAACAUUAUUUAGAAGAUUUGGGUCUCAGCUUAUCAAGUCAGCUGUUUUAUCAGCCAGUACUCCUCUUCGUGUAUUAGCUCUUGGUGGCGAAGCAUUUCCAUCAUUGACUGUUCUCAAAAGCUGGAGAGAAGAAGGCAAUAAAACGCAAAUAUUUAAUGUUUAUGGUAUCACAGAGGUAUCAAGUUGGGCAACUUUUUACCGGAUUCCAGAGAAGAUCCUUAAUUCUACUUCUAAAUGUGAAUUGCCUGUUCAGCUGGGAUUUCCACUGCAUGGAACAGUAGUUGAAGUCAGAGAUACUAAUGGUUUCACAAUUCAAGAAGGCAAUGGCCAAGUAUUUUUAGGAGGCAGAAACAGAAUUUGUUUUCUUGAUGAUGAAAUGACAGUACCACUUGGUACAAUGCGAGCCACGGGAGACUUUGUGACUGUGAAAGAUGGAGAGAUAUUUUUCUUGGGACGAGAAGACAGUCAGAUCAAACGUCAUGGCAAACGUCUUAACAUUGAAUUUGUGCAACAGGUUGCUGAAGGACUUCAGCAAGUGGAAUCUUGCGUAGUUACAUGGUAUAAUCAGGAGAAAUUAAUUCUGUUCAUGGUGCCAGAAAAAAAUUUAGUGAAGGAUUACAUCUUUAAAGAACUUCAAAAACACCUCCCAAGUCAUGCAAUCCCGGAUGAGCUUGUAUUGAUUGAUUCUCUACCAUUUACAUCUCAUGGCAAAAUUGAUGUUUCUGAGUUAAACAAGAUUUACUUAAACUACAUAAACUUGAAGUCUGACUGUAAGCUCAGUGGAAAAGAGGAGCUUUGGGAAAACUUACAGCAUUUGUGGAAGUGUGUUCUGAGUCUCUCAGAAGAUCCUUUGAAGGUUCCUGAUGACUCACUCUUCCUAAGCAGUGGUGGAGAUUCCUUUAAGUCUAUAUGGCUCCUCAAUGAGAUUGAAAAACUUGUUGGCACAUCCAUACCUGGGCUUCUGGAAAUUAUUCUUAGCAGUUCUAUUUUAGAGAUUUACAAUCACAUCCUUCAAACAGUGUUUCCAGAUGAAGAUCUGACACUUAUCAAGAAUUUUGCCACAAAAAGAAAAUUCAGCAACGUUAAUCAAGAGGAAACCAAUGGAAAAUCUUUACAUCAAAAAUCUGUCAUACCUUUAAGUUAUGACAAUGAGAGAACUGCUUUUAUUGCACUGAGCAGAGGGAGUCAGAUUUUAUCUCUGAAUACUGCUCUGAAUACUAAGUUAGGACAUUGCCCUUCAGUCUAUUCUAAUGAUUUAAUUUCACAGACUAAUAGUAAACACAUGAAAAGCUUAAAUCCUUCGGUUCUUACUGGGGAGUCAAAAGAUCCAUCCUGUGUUGCAGAAGUUUCUGAAGAGGGACCACUUCUGACAGGGACAGAAAAAAUGGAGUUACGUGUGAGGUGGAGGUCAGACACAGGGAAAUGUGUGGAUGCGUCACCUCUAGUUGUAAUACCAGCUGUUGAUAAGUCAUCUGCAACUGUGUACAUUGGGUCCCAUUCUCAUAGAAUGAUGGCAGUUGACCUUUACUCUGGAAAGGUGAAAUGGGAACAGAUUUUGGGAGGUCGAAUUGAAUCUUCAGCAUAUGUAUCUAAGUGUGGAAACUUUAUUGUAGUGGGCUGUUAUAAUGGGUUAGUUUAUGUUCUGAAAAGUAAUAGUGGAGAAGAAUACUGGACAUUCACCACUGAGGAUGCUGUCAAAAGCUCGGCAACCAUGGAUCCAACGACAGGAGUCAUUUACAUUGGAUCUCAUGACCAGCAUGCAUAUGCUUUGGAUAUUUAUAAAAAGAAGUGUGUUUGGAAGUUAAAAUGUGGAGGAACUGUCUUCUCUUCUCCUUGUUUGAGCCUGCUUCCACAUCAUUUGUAUUUUGCUACACUGGGAGGACUUUUACUAGCUGUAAAUCCUGCCACAGGGAACAGAGUUUGGAAACAUUCCUGUGGAAAACCACUCUUCUCCUCUCCACAGUGUUGCCUACAGUAUAUUUGUAUUGGCUGUGUAGACGGGAAUUUACUCUGCUUUACUCACUUUGGAGAACAGGUUUGGCAGUUCUCUACCCGUGCACCAAUUUUUUCAUCCCCAUGUACUUCAGCAUCAGAGCAAGAAAUAUUUUUUGGUUCCCACGAUUGCUUUAUCUACUGUUGUAGUAUGAAUGGUCACCUCCAGUGGAAAUUUGAAACUACAUCAAGGGUGUAUGCAACACCAUUUGCUUUCCAUUACUGUAAUUAUAGCAAUGAAAUGUUUCUGGCAGCAGCAUCUACUGAUGGUAAACUGUGGAUCUUGGAAUCUAAGAGUGGACAGUUGCAAAGUGUAUAUGAACUUCCUGGAGAAGUUUUCUCAUCUCCUGUGGUCUGGGAAUCAAUGCUCAUUAUUGGAUGUAGAAAUAAUUAUGUUUAUUGUCUGGAUUUAUUGGGUGGCAACAAAAAUAAUCAAGUGCAGUCGCUUUUAGAAUAUAUCUUAAAUGUUUAAAAAUAUUUUUCCACCAGAGAGCAUGUAGUCUUGUUUUACACUAAAGAUUAUGUUUGCUUAAGAAACUUGUCUAUUGUAUUUUACUGGAGAAUAACCUAUUUUAUUUAUUGUAGGAGCAACAAAAACUUAAAAGUUACAGAACAAAAUAUCAGUGUAUUCAGGAGCACUUUCUUUUAAUUUAGGCUAUAGAUAAUCUACUUUGGAGUUUUGUUUUUGUUUUUAUUUUUUUAUAGAAGACUUCUGUGAAGAUGAUGAUCACAUAUACUCAGUGGGUUAAAAACAGUCUGUGAUAUAUCAUUCACUCAUUUACAGAGAUCCACACAAAAGAUUUUCAAAGGAAGGAUGUAUUUAUCAAAUUAGUUUACUUAUUUAGUAUUUUUAGAUGAACAAAAUACCAAUACUGAAUUACAUUUAUAAUACGCACUGUAGUUUCAAGUUGAUAUAAUCUCUUUUUUCAAUUUUUGAUAAUCUUUGGUGAAUAUUUUUAUACCUGUUUCUCCAUUUACUUGAUUUUGGUGUUGUAACACCUUUUGUUGUUCAGUGGCUUGGAGAUAGGGAACACAGUGAAAACUGGAAAAGGGAAAAAAAAACCUCUAUAAAGUAUCAUGAUUUCUCAUGUUUACCGUUUUGGACUGAAACUGCUUUUCCAGUCCCACAGCAGUUUGCUUAUCCAUGCAUUUGCCUGGUAUUAAGUUAUCCCUGUGAACUGUACUUCCUCCUGGUAGCCAUGCCCUUUGUGCAGUCCCCUUCUCUUACACCUGGGCUGGGCCUAUGGUUUGCUUUAACCAACAGAAUGCAGUGGAAGUGGCACUGUGCACUUUGGAGCCUAAGCUCUAAGAAGGCCUGGCUUUUGUGGGAUCCCUGAGCUGCCACGUAAGUCUGCCGUCCUGCUGGAGGGUCUGUGGUAAGGGAGUGGCUCUGAUACUAACAGCACUGAGAACCAAGGAAACCAGUUCACAGUGAAGCUAUGGCCCCAGCUUGCCAGCCAACCCCUAGCUGUUCAGCAGUCCUGGUACUGGACAUUUAAUUCUUUACCCACAGAAUCAUGAGAAAUAAUAAAAUGGCAAUUUUUUUAAGCCACUAAGUUUUAGGGUAGUAUGUUAUGCCACAAUGCAUCACUGCAACAGAAGCAUUGUGUCACUUAAAAUACUCAGCAGAUGGAAAAUAGAUGGAAAAAUAAAUGUCUCAGUAUUCCUAGUUUUCCUUUAAAUUUCAUGAUAUAAUAGUUCAGGUAAUAAAAUACCUCUGUUUUUGUAUGAUAAUCAUGAAUUUAGAUGCUAGUGGUAGUAAUAACAACAGUGACUAUUUAGGGCAUGUUACAUCCCAGACACUGUGCUAAGCUCUUAAAGUAACAGAAGUGCACUCUGUUGCCGACCUGUCCCCUAACUGUUCAGUCAACUGUGGUAUCAUUUCAUUUGUCCAUUUAUUUGUCAGUAAAGCUUCAAAUACCAAACAUGCCAGAGUUCUUGGCUGCAAAUUAGAGAAGCUGGCUCAGGCUAUUUUAAGUAGAAGAUAAUUUUUAAAAAGAAUAUUGAAUAGCUUAGAAAACUGUGAAGAGGGCCAGAACUAUAAGCCAGGAACAAUGAAUGUCUGAAAUCACUGAUUUUGGCCUGGGGAAGACACCACUACUGUCUUUGAAGCCCCAAACACUCAGCUUAAAGCUGACACACUGGACACCUCCCCACCACUGCCAGCCGUCCUCUCAGUUCCCCAACUCUCUGCUCAUUUGCGCCCGGAUCAUAGUCCCUCCAAUUCGAAGUGGAACAGGUUCCAUGCCUGUGAGAAAGUAUAGAAAGCGCAUCAUAGGAAUUUCCCUGCCUCCUACCAAGACUCCUGAGCUGGAGAUUUCCCCAGACAUAGAAAGGGAAAUUUCAGCAUGCUGGCUGGCCAAAAGAAAUGACCCAUCUUGGUUUUAGUGCUUCUUAAACCUUAAUGUCUGUACUAACCUGGAGCUCUUGGCUAAAAUGCUAACUGCUCCUGAGAGGGCUGGGAGGAGGGUGCUCUGCUUGAGCCAUAGUGGAGCCUGAGGUAAAAGAAGUCGGCAGUACUGAUCCUGCUUUGUUUACAUUUUGGUAUUUGUUCACCAUGAAAUUUUCACUCAUUUUGGUAUUUUAAAAUACUACAUUAAUGUAGUAUUCAUCUUGAUGACUGAGUUUUUUGAUACCUGGAGUGCCUCAUCAUUUUGCUCUGUCUGGCCCUGUGAGUCCGUCCGUCAGGCCUGGGGCUCUGAGCUGCAUUUCUCACACGCUGCUGUCAGAUCAGAGCUCCUGCCCAUGCAGCUGUUUUAUGGCCCACACACUAAGGAGACAGUAGGAUCAUUUUGUUUGACACACAGACCAUUCACUUCUACUUUAGAAUUGAGAUAAACAUUUUAUUUGCCCCUUUUCAUGAUUUUUCUCUAAAAAUUCCUAGAGUGAAAAAUACAAUGUACCAUAUAAAAUGCCUCAAUUUUUCUUUCCCAAUAAAACUCUGUAAAUAUGAGCUUACUUGUAAAUGGUCAUUUAAAUUAGUAAAAACUUCAGCUUGAAAAGAAAAAGACAUUCCAUCAGUGAUGAUGACCUUAAGGGCAUUUUUUAUUGAAAGAUCUUUUCCUUCAAUAAUGGACAUCUUACAUUAAAACUAUACAACUAAAAUCUUAAAAUAACAUUAAAAUCACACUAAGGUAUUUUCAUUGUUAAUUUUACUGUUCAUAAAAAUGUUGCAAGACACAUAACUAAUUUAGUUUCUGCUUUAAAAUAAGCAAUUACACUAAAGGUCACAAGAGACAAUGAAUACAUACAUAUUGGCUGAUAAAUGGCUAAAAUAAAAUGAUAAUUUAAUAGUAAUGUGUAAGAAACAAUUGCACUUGAAAAAUUUUAAAAGUAAACAAAAAACUCUAGUUUUAUAUGUAUAAGUCUAUGAACAAAGGUUAAUCAUCUGUAUCCUUGCCAGGACAAGAGUAUAUUUAAAUUAAAAAAAACAAUCAUUCAUAUUUUUUAAAAGCCUUGAAUUUUGUAUAUGUUUUUACAGAAUUUUCCCCCACAGUUUGAUCAGAAGAGACUGCAACACAACUAAAGCAAAGUAACACUUCACUGGUAUUUUGUGCAAAUUUGGAGUAAUUUUUACAUGAAAUACUGAACAUGUACCCUUUAGAAAUUUUUCAAAGUAAGUGCUUACUGUCCUUUCCUCAAUAUACUCUUCUUUUAAAGACUUUGAUGGAAACUUUCUGAGGUAUGUUUCUACUUUGUAUGGGCUGGGUGGUGUGUGAGCCAGUACAGAGUUGACUGUUUACUGUUUUUUGUUAAUGAUCUGAUUUCUCCGCUUGUUCUCUGCCAUCACUGUGAUAUUCAAAGCUGAUAGGAUGAAAGAAAAAGACAGUUCAGAAAAAUUACUGUAGCACUGUAUAUUCCAGGGCUCUAGAUUUAAAGAUUCUCACUAGUUAUAUUAGGAAAUCAUUGAAAGUAACAAAUGCCUACAUAUUUGAUUUAGAAAUGAACAUCAGUGUGGAAAACAUGCAGUGAAAUAUUAAUUGCUUCCCAUAGCAAUAAAAAAAUUAGUUACACUGAUUCUUAACAGACUGAAGGUCCAGUAUAUAUAAUAUUAAACCCAACUUGCAAGACUACAAGUAUCCACUUGGCCUCACAUGCCAGCUGCUGCCGUGAGGCUUAGGCAUUGUUUCCAGAAAGAAAAUGGCAAGUGUAUGAUAAAUAACUCUUCUGUCAUUUUUUAAGGUAAUGAUAGAAUAAGAGCACAUUGCAUGUUCAGUGGGCAUAAAGGAAAAUAGUGAUGGAUACUAAUAAAAUGUGUGUGGAGGUGGGGAGGAAAAAAGGAUGUAAUUCCCCUUGUACUGGGCAAAGGAUUUGUACUUACAUUUUGGAGUCAGAAUCUAAGAAAAGGAAGCUAUGGUAGCACCAUUAAAUGUGUAGUACUAGCAAUGUGUAGGUUUGCUGGUAUGUCUAUGCUUCAUGUAAAGUAUAUUUAGGGAAAUAAAAGUGAAUAUACAUGG